GAUCACGAUAAUCGAGCCCUAUAAAAGCUCAGGCUGUCCCCCACUUCCACAUCAGUUUUCUGUGAAUUGAAAUCAUGAAGGCCUUCAUUGUUCUGAUUGCCCUGGCUCUGGCCGCCCCUGCCCUUGGCCGCACCAUGGACCGUUGCUCCCUGGCCCGCGAGAUGUCCAACCUGGGCGUCCCCCGCGACCAGCUGGCCCGCUGGGCUUGCAUUGCCGAGCACGAGAGCUCCUACCGCACCGGAGUGGUCGGCCCCGAGAACUACAACGGCUCCAACGACUACGGCAUCUUCCAGAUCAACAACUACUACUGGUGCGCUCCCCCCAGCGGUCGCUUCUCCUACAACGAGUGCGGCCUGAGCUGCAACGCCCUCCUCACCGACGACAUCACCAACUCCGUCCGCUGCGCCCAGAAGGUCCUCAGCCAGCAGGGCUGGUCCGCCUGGUCCACCUGGCACUACUGCAGCGGAUGGUUGCCGUCCAUCGACGACUGCUUCUAAGCCUGAUUCCGACCCACAAUAAAAUAAUUGCAUAAAAAAUUUCUCCGAAAGGAUCUUUACAUUAUGAGAAUGGGGGAAAGUGAUCUAGACUGUCUUUCAGAGUUCAUAAAAAUUAAUUUAUUAACUCUCGCUAAGUCUUUAUUUAAGACCUUUGGUCUAAUCUAAAUGAGAAAACGCUUGACUUUUUAGCUUUGGUGGAUUUAUGGCUAAUCCUAGUUAGUGAUUUAUUUCUUAAAACUUUCUCCUUGAGGAAUAGAAUAAGCAUAUUAAGCUUUUUUUUAAGCUGAGAUUAUAGAUAUAGACUUUCGCUCAGGAAAGGUUUAGUUUAUAUGAGGUUUGUUAGUUAACAUAAAUCCUUCAGGUUUUAAAACCAAAGUUAUUCUAAAGUGAUUAUAAAAAGAUUUCAAAGUGGAAGUUUAUAACUUUAAAAUGAGUAAAGCUUAAAGUUAUUCAAAAGCAUUCCAUUUCUCCAAAUUUAAUCCAUAACAACAAAUUUUAUCCGUUACACCAUAAAAAUUAAUUCAUGUUUCUUUAGAUAGUUUCACAUUGGAAUAUUAGCCUCAAGACUCAAGCCUUCAGUCUGAAUCACUUUCUUAUUCGCUAAAAAGAAUCUUAUUUUUUGCUUUGACUCAAAAGAAGCCAAUAUAUGCGCAGAAAAUAAGGCAUUGUUAAAACAAACAAAGAUAAAAACAUCGAAUGACUAUAAAAUUAGUUAGUCUGUUUUGUUUUUGCGCAGACUUUUUCCAGUAGAAAGUAAACUUGGCGCUUCAGGUAACAGCGGGUCAAAGCCAAAAAGUAACCCCGCCCGGCAUAAUCAUUAUAAUUCCAUUGAGCUUGGACUUGUCUGCGGCGGAGGCUGUGUCCCCAAACCAGUCGGACUGGUGGCUUUUCAG